UACAGUAAUGGCAGGUUGAGAAGGGGGAAAAAAGGCUCACAAUGUAGGUGGGCAAUUGAUAAAGGAGAGAAGGAGGAGGAGAAAGGCAGGGUGUACACAGCAUUCAGAGGCAGACAGGCAAAGGAUAGAGAGAGGGAGGGAGUGAGGGAGAGGAGGUGGAGAGAGGCUGGAGGCGCAACAGCUGUGGAGAAGAGAGAGGGGGUGGGAGCACAGGGCUUUCUGCAGACAUUGAUAACAGGCAGCCAAAGGACCCCCUGAAAGAACCAGGAGACGGCCAGAUAUGCAUUGGAGCAUGUGACGUGGGAAGCAGCCGGAGUACUGGGAGACAAGAGAGGGAGCAGGUAAUCCACUUGGGAUAAUUUUGUGGAAGCUCCAAGUUUCUAUGUGCACCAAACAAGCAACGUCUUAAAACCCCUCAUUGACAUAAACCUUUCAGCUAUCAAUACAAUACCACCUCCAGAGACCCAACCACGAUGGCAGUCAUAUUAAGAAUUAGUGUAUUGUUGCUUAUAAUGCUAACCUCAACCUCCUCAAAAGAACUAGUAAAUGGAACUUGUGAAGCAUCCAAUGAUGGGAAGUGCCAGCCAGGUAUCAUGCUCCCGGUGUGGGAACCGCACAACCCAUCUAUGGGGGACAAGGUUGCCCGGGCUGUUGUUUACUUUGUAGCCAUGCUCUACCUCUUCUUGGGAGUCUCCAUAAUUGCUGAUCGCUUUAUGGCAUCCAUUGAAGUCAUCACAUCACAAGAGAAAGAGAUCACACUUACUAAACCCAAUGGGGAGACCAGUGUAGCCACUGUACGUAUAUGGAAUGAGACAGUGUCCAACCUGACUUUGAUGGCCUUGGGUUCCUCAGCUCCUGAAAUACUGCUUUCAGUUAUUGAGGUGUGUGGUCAUGGAUUUCAUGCAGGUGAACUGGGCCCUUCAACCAUUGUAGGCUCAGCUGCUUUUAAUAUGUUUGUCAUAAUUGCUAUUUGUGUUUACGUGAUUCCCAAUGGUGAGUCACGGAAGAUCAAGCAUCCACGUGUGUUUUUUGUCACAGCUACCUGGAGCAUCUUUGCCUACAUCUGGCUAUACAUAAUUCUUGCAGUCACUUCUCCAAAACGUGUUCAGGUCUGGGAGGCACUGGUUACGCUCCUCUUCUUCCCUGCCUGUGUGGUCCUUGCAUGGAUUGCUGACAAGCGCCUUCUCUUUUAUAAGUAUGUGUACAAGAGGUACCGUGCAGACAAACGCAGAGGCAUCAUCAUUGAGACAGAAGGCGAGUUCCCAAAGAGCAUAGAAAUGGAUGGGAAGUUGGGGGCUUCAGCAGUAGUGGCACCAGAAACAAAGGAAGCUAGCAUGCAAGACAGUGCUGCUGCAGCAGCUGAAGCCAAGGAGCUAGAUGAAAGCCGCAAAGAGGUGAUACGUAUUCUGAAAGAGCUAAAGCAGAAAUACCCAGAGAGAGAAUUAGACCAGUUGGUGGAAAUGGCUAAUUACUAUGCUCUUCUCCAUCAGCAGAAAAGCAGGGCCUUCUAUCGUAUCCAGGCCACACGCAUGAUGAUUGGAGCUGGCAACGUACUGAAGAAACAUGCUGCAGACCACAGCAGAAAGCCAGCCACCUUGCAGGAGGUGACGUCUGAUUCCAGUGAAGAAAACACUAGCAAGAUCUUUUUCCAGCCCAGCAAUUACCAGUGUCUGGAAAACUGUGGAUUUGUAACUCUAAAUGUUGCUUGCCAAGGAGGAGAUGGAGCAAGUACCUUCUAUGUGGAUUACAAGACUGAGGAUGGAUCUGCUAAUGCAGGCUCAGACUAUGAAUACAGUGAGGGCACCCUUAUCUUCAAACCAGGAGAGACACAAAAAGAGCUUAAGAUAGGGAUCAUUGAUGAUGACAUCUUUGAGGAAGAUGAACAUUUCUUUGUCAGGCUGAUGAACCUGCGGGUGGGUGAUGCUGAGGGGAUGUUUGAACCAGAUAGUGAAGGGCGCCCAAAAGCUCGCCUGGUGUCCCCUCUAAUCGCAACUGUGACUAUCCUGGAUGAUGACCAUGCUGGAAUAUUCACUUUUGAGGAGAAGCUGGUUCAUGUGAGUGAAAGUGUUGGGAUCCUGGAGGUGAAAGUAGUGAGGAACUCUGGGGCUAGAGGAACAGUGGUCAUCCCAUACCGGACACUGGAGGGAACAGCUAAGGGUGGAGGAGUGGACUUUGAAGAUGCCUAUGGGGAGCUUGAGUUCCAGAAUGAUGAAACUGUAAAAACCCUGCAGGUAAAGAUUGUUGAUGACGAGGAGUAUGAAAAACAAGAAAAUUUCUUUAUUGUUCUGGAGGAGCCACGGUGGAUGAAACGUGGGAUUUCAGCUCUGUUACUCAAUCAGGAUGAAGAUGACAAGAAGCUGACAGCUGAGGAGGAAGAGGCAAAGAGGAUUGCAGAGAUGGGAAAACCAAUAUUAGGAGAGCAUUCCAAGUUGGAGGUUAAUAUUGAGGAGUCAUACGAAUUCAAGAGCACAGUAGACAAGCUAAUUAAGAAGACCAAUUUGGCACUAGUGAUUGGUACACAUUCCUGGAGAGAGCAGUUUACAGAAGCUAUCACAGUUAGUGCUGGUGACGAGGAAGAGGAAGAUGAUGGACGUGAGGAACGCUUGCCAUCAUGCUUUGACUACGUUAUGCAUUUUCUCACAGUCUUCUGGAAAGUUCUCUUUGCCUUCGUUCCCCCCACAGAGUACUGGAAUGGCUGGGCCUGCUUCUUUGUGUGUAUCUUUAUUGUGGGUAUACUAACAGCUGUAAUAGGAGACCUGGCUUCACACUUUGGUUGCACUGUUGGCUUGAAGGACUCAGUGACAGCUGUGGUGUUUGUGGCUCUUGGCACAUCUCUCCCAGAUACAUUUGCCAGUAAGGUUGCAGCAAUGCAGGACCAGUAUGCUGAUGCCUGUAUUGGCAACGUGACAGGUAGCAAUGCAGUUAACGUCUUCUUGGGUAUUGGUGUUGCUUGGUCUGUGGCGGCCAUCUACUGGGCUAUCCAGGGCGAAGACUUUAUUGUGGAGACGGGUUCAUUGGCCUUCUCUGUCACCCUAUUCACUAUCUUUGCAUUCAUCAGCAUAAGCGUCCUGCUGUAUCGCAGAAGACCUCAUAUAGGGGGGGAGUUGGGUGGCAGCCGUCUCUCCAAGACCCUCACAGCCAUGCUGUUUAUUGGUCUUUGGCUUCUGUAUAUAUUGUUCUCCAGCCUGGAAGCCUACUGCCAUAUUAAAGGCUUCUGAAACGCAAUGAGGAUGCAAAAGUCAGUUUCUUUUAUGAACUUGGGCCUCAGUCAUUCAUUCCAUGGACUCUCUCAAACUGGAUUGUGAAAUAUUUCAUUACAGUGAAGUUUGAAGGCACAGACUCGGUAUAAUGUAUUUAUUUAUUUAUUUAUUUAUUUUUCUAAACCCUUCUGUCCUAAAUGUCUCCCUCUGCUAUCUCUUUCCUGGGGUUACAAAAUAGCACAAUUUGUUGUAAGAAGAGGGGUAAAUAGAGUUCACUAUUUUUCAAGGAGCUUGUUUUAUUCCACUUAAAGUACAAGAGAACAGUUCAAUUUAAUUUACAGAGAGAUAAAUAUGGCAGACAAAAAAAAACAAGGAAAGGCUUUUCCUUGUAGUAUUAUACAAUUUUAGGCAAAAAGUCUUGCACCAUUGGGUGGCCAAGUUGGUUGGAGGGACUUUAUGGAUACUUAACAAUCCUCUAUGACUUAUAGGUAUUAUUAUUUUUUUCUCAUCAUGUAAAAGGUUUAUUUAUGUGCUUUCGCAAAGUAACUUUUUAUUUCCAAUUGCAAAUAACCCAUGUUGCUUGACAUUAGUUCAGAGCAAAACGCUGGCUUACACCACGUUUAGUGCACUGACAAAAAAAACAAAAACAAUAUGCCUUUUUUUUCUAAUUGAUGCUUUUAUAGAAAGCAGGAAAGCAUUCUGCCAUUUUUUAAAGGAGAAGGAAAGCUACAGAGGCAUUUUAUUGCCAAUAGAUUAGCUGCAAUAGUG